AGCCACGGAAUCGACUCAGCAGUUCAUCAACUCCGCUAAAGUCAUCCGCCACUCCGGCUACAGUGCCUACACUCUGGACAAUGACAUCAUGCUCAUCAAGCUUGCCACAGCAGCCAAGCUCAACCGAGCUGUCCAGACAGUUCCUCUGCCUACUUCCUGCGUGGAAGCUGGCACCACAUGCCUCAUCUCUGGCUGGGGCGACACGGACGGCAGUGGCGAUUCCUACCCAGACGACUUGCAGUGCCUGAAGGCUCCUGUACUCUCCGCAAGCGACUGCAGCAAAGCCUACCCUGGGCAAAUUACAAGCAACAUGAUCUGCGUGGGAUUCCUGGAGGGAGGAAAAGACUCCUGCCAGGGUGAUUCUGGUGGUCCAGUAGUCUGCAAUGGGCAGCUCCAGGGCAUUGUUUCCUGGGGUAUUGGAUGUGCCAACGAAGGCUACCCUGGGGUGUACACCAAGGUCUGCAAUUACGUCUCCUGGAUCAAAUCGACUAUAUCUGCCAACUGAGACACUCCCCCUGUGUGACCUCCUUUUUCUCCUCAUCAUUUUCUUCUCUUCUGGGACAGGACAUGCAAAGAUUAUUAAAAAAUAAAUAUUUUCAGACA